AUGUUAUUGUGUAUAUUCCUAUUUCUAAGCAUCUAAGCUAAAUAAAUCAAACAACCAUCUUGUAGAUACAUUAAUGAAACUAUUGAUCCAGGUAAUUACACUCGUUAAGCUUAAGAAAAGUUGUCUAUACAAUAUGGAGCGUAUUUAUUUUUAUUGAUUCAUUUUAAUUAGAUACCCAGGAGUAUUUGCUAUUGAUUUACAUAAAAGAGUUAAUGGAUAAAUUGGAAGCUAAAGUUACAAUCUAGAUGAUUUUGAAAAAGUAGAAGAAGAUAUUUUAGGUGAAUAUGGAUGUUUUGCCAUUCAAUAAAAUUUAGAAAUUUCAUACUAAUUAAAAUUAUGGUUAGAUAAGACAGGAGUUACUAGAGAUAUUUAUUUUACAGAUCUUGCUACCUCUGAAAGUUCUUCUAGAAUAUAUGUAGUAAGAAAUGACUUUAAAAUAUUCUCUAUUAAUCUAUAGAGAGGAUUUUUUGGUAUUAGUUUAGAUAGCUAAUAAUAAUCAUUUGCUUCAUUAUUGAAGUAUGAUCCAGAGGAUGAUUUCAAUCAUCCAUUCCUUAUUGAUGAUAUGGGUGAAAAUAGAAUCUAUAUUAUUACUUCUAAUGGUGGAGCAAGUUUAAAUACAGAUACUGAAUUAGAACUAGCUGAAUUUAGAUUAGAAACUGAAGUUAAAAAGAAAGAUUACAUUUUUAAUGUUCAUUAUAAUGUGAAACAUAAAUUGAUUUAUGUUGCUUGUGGUCAUGAUGGAUUAGAUGUCUAUAAAAUUUAAAAUAAUUAACUAAUAUUUGUAUCUACUAUUACACCUAUUUAAUUGGGAAUACCAUAAGGAUAAGUUAUUGAUGUUGAUUCUAAUGGAGAUGAUAGAUUAUAUGUUUUAGAUAAAGAAACAGGAUUGAGAUUUUAUAAAAUCUAUAAUUUAGAAAAUGGAUAAGUUGCUCAUCUUUUUACUAUUACCAUUUCUAAAACUAAAAGUUUUGAUCAUUUUGAAAGCACUUUCUUUAUUGUUGCUAAAACUGUUAAUAAUUAAGAUUUUGCAGUUGAAGUCUUUGUAGAUUUUUAAAAUGCUGAUUACUUUUUCAAUAAUUAUUAUAUUGAUGAAAUGACUAUUAAUGAUGUUAAUGUAUUUGAAUACUAUGCAGUUUUAAUUGGAGAUGAUGGACAUAAGAUUAUUUAACAUUCAAUUUAUUCAGGUAUUACUCUUAAAUCUAUUAUAAGGUUUUUUGGAUGAAAAACUAUUAUCACAUACAUCCUUUUAAGAUCCAGAUUUAUUUAAAUUAAAAGAAUUCUCAUAUGAAGAAUAAGAAAAUAUGAAUAUUCGUUUAUUAGUAGGAAUAGCUAGAUAUGAAUUCAAAUUUAUGACAAUCAAAAUGAAUCAUCCUAUUGUUGAAUGUAAAUUUGAAGAUGCUGAAGUUAAUUAAUAUAUUGUUUUAUUAAAUUCUACAAAUUGUUAAGGAAAAGAAGAAACACCUAAUGUAUGGUAAUCAUAAUUUACACUUUGUAAUAUUACUCAUUCAUUUACAUUUACAACUACUGAAGUAUAUAUUAUUAUUAUUAUUUAGAUUCCUGGAAACUAUUAUACAUAUGCAUAUUAUACAAUUGCAAUUUAUGUUUUAUUUGUUAUUAUUGUAUGGCUAAUUAUUUUUAUGUAUGUAUGCUUUAAAAAAUGGGGUCACAAAUUAUCCUUUUUAACUUGGAAGAAAAAAAUUGUUGAUUCAACUGCUCCUUAUAAUGAAAGUUUUGAUGUUAAAGAAUAAGAAAUGGCUGAUCAAAAAUCAAGAUCUUGA